AUGCCAAGAUCGUCUUUCGAGGACACUUCAAACAUGUCGAAUGCCAACAGCGACACGGCUGAACUGGGCGAGCGCAUGACCAUGUCUGAGGUUGGCAAGCAAAAGGCUGCCGAGGCGGACAUUCACGACUUCCUGCGCGAAGCGGGCGAUGCGCUGAGUUCGACGUCGAGCGCGGCAGCAAUGCCUACGCAGAUGCCGCGACGGAAGACGAUCAAGUCGCAGUUCGACACGACGCCCUACAAGACCGUACGGUUACAAGACCCAGACUUACCAUUACUUUCUUCCCGCAGACCUCCAUCGCCAGUAUCGCGAUCAUACCACCCCACAAAUUCCUCAGUAUCCGGCUUAUCACGGACGCCGUCAGUGAUGGACACCGCGCCAAACAUGCCGCCGCCGGGAGAAGACCCAUACGUACCAUACCGACGGCCGCUGUCGCCCGACCGACCAUAUUCACCCACGCGCACAUCAGCCGACUACUCGCGGCCGCCAGCGUCAGUCAACUCAUACGAGCCAGUGGAUCUCCAUGGUAGCCCACGGCCAGGCAGCCCUCAGCGGCCACUACCACCCCAACCCUUGUUCACCGGCCGCAGACCAAACUCCCGCGGCUCCGAGGGCACCAUGGACAUGACUGAUAUGACUUCGAUACCCAUUCACGACGAUGACGACCCCUUCACCGACAUUGGCGACGACCGACCCGACCUGCGAUCGCGCGACUCGUACAUGACCGACGACACAUACACAGACAUCUACACCGAGAUAGAUGAGAAGGCAGAGCACUACGGGCCGGCUCCCGAUGGCGCACAAGAGCGACGUGGAGCGCGCGACGCUGUAAUGACAAAGAAGGAGGUCCGAUUGAUCAACGGUGAACUCAUUCUAGAGUGCAAGAUCCCGACCAUCCUCCACAGUUUCCUUCCACGACGAGAUGACAUCGAGUUCACGCACAUGCGAUACACAGCCGUGACAUGCGACCCAGACGACUACUGUGAUCGUGGAUACAAACUGCGCCAGAAUAUCGGCAACCCGCGCGAAACCGAACUUUUCAUCGCCAUCACCAUGUACAACGAGAACGAGAUCGACUUUACCCGAACCAUGCACGGUGUCAUGCAAAACAUCAGUCACUUCUGCUCCCGCAUGAAGUCAAGAACCUGGGGAAAGGACGGAUGGCAGAAGAUCGUCGUAUGCAUCAUUGCGGAUGGUCGCGGAAAGGUUCACCCGAGAACACUCGACGCGAUCGCUGCCAUGGGAUGCUUCCAGGAAGGUAUCGCAAAGAACCACGUCAACCAGAAAGAGGUCACUGCCCACGUCUACGAAUACACAACCCAAGUCUCGCUGGACUCAGACCUCAAGUUCAAGGGUGCUGAGAAGGGCAUUGUGCCCUGCCAGAUGAUCUUCUGCUUGAAGGAGAAGAACUCAAAGAAGCUGAACUCACAUCGUUGGUUCUUCAACGCCUUCGGCCGCGCACUCAACCCGAACGUCUGCAUUCUACUCGACGUAGGAACCAAGCCUGGACCCAAAGCUCUGUACCAUCUAUGGAAGGCCUUCGACACCGACUCCUCCGUCGCAGGAGCUGCUGGAGAAAUCAAGGCUGGCAAAGGCAAAGCGUGGCUUGGUCUACUCAACCCACUUGUCGCAUCGCAGAACUUCGAAUACAAGAUGUCGAAUAUCCUCGACAAGCCAUUGGAAUCGGUGUUUGGCUACAUUACGGUCUUGCCUGGUGCGCUGUCGGCAUACAGAUAUCACGCGUUGCAAAACGACCACACAGGCCACGGUCCUCUCAGCCAGUACUUCAAGGGAGAAACGCUCCAUGGUCAAGAUGCAGAUGUGUUCACUGCAAACAUGUACUUGGCCGAAGAUCGUAUUCUGUGUUGGGAGCUUGUAGCGAAGCGCAGCGAGCAAUGGGUUUUGAAAUACGUCAAAGCGGCGACUGGUGAGACAGAUGUGCCAGAUACUGUACCUGAGUUCAUCUCUCAACGUCGUCGUUGGCUGAACGGAGCUUUCUUUGCGGCUGUCUACUCACUGCUUCAUUUCAAGCAAGUGUGGGCAACCGACCAUACCAUCGGUCGCAAGAUCCUGCUCCACAUCGAAUUCGUCUACCAGUUCGUGCAGCUAUUGUUCACGUUUUUCUCCCUGGCCAACUUCUACCUGACCUUCUACUUCGUCGCCGGCUCACUGUCAGACCCGGAACUCGAUCCUUUCGGCCACAACAUCGGAAAAUACAUCUUCUACAUCCUCCGCUACACAUGCACGCUGCUCAUCUGCAUGCAAUUCAUCUUGUCUAUGGGUAACCGACCCCAAGGUGCCAAGAAGAUGUUCUUCUGGAGUAUGGUCAUGUACGGUGUCAUUAUGGCCUACACUACCUUCGCCUCCUUCUACAUUGUCAUUGUCCAACUCAAGGAUCCGAAGGCGGAAAAGACGAUCGGUGCCAACGUUUUCACCAACCUCAUCAUCUCGACUGCGACAACGAUUGGUCUCUACUUCCUCAUGUCCUUCAUGUACCUGGAUCCAUGGCACAUGUUCACGUCGAGUGCGCAGUACUUCGCUCUCCUACCAUCAUACAUCGCCACACUUCAGGUUUACGCCUUCUGCAACACCCACGACAUCACUUGGGGAACCAAGGGAGACAACGUCGCGAAGACCGAUCUGGGUGACGCCAAAGGAAAGAAGAAGGAUAUUGUCGAACUCGAAAUGCCAUCAGAGCAGCUGGACAUCGACAGCGGCUACGACGAGGCGCUUCGCAACCUCCGUGACCGUGUCGAAGUUGUCGAGCCCCCGAUCUCUGAGUCGCAGCAACAGGAAGACUACUAUCGUGCCGUGCGUACCUACAUGGUAGUCAUCUGGCUCAUCUCCAACGCUGUCCUCGCCAUGACUGUCAGCGAAGCCUACUCGGACCGCAAGGUCACAAACAACUUCUACUUGACCUUCAUUCUCUGGGCUGUCGCAGGUCUUGCCUUCUUCCGUGCCAUUGGCUCAACAACUUUCCUCAUCAUCAACUCUAUCCAAGCCAUCAUGGAGACGAAGCUCAAAUGGGAGGACAAGAUCGAUGACAAGAAGAGCAAUAGAACUGGUCUUGGAGGCGGCCGCAAGUACGGAAGGAACAAGUGGUGGAAGUUUGGCUUUGGCGGUGGCGGCGUAUCGUCGAGUUGGUUCUCAGGCAGCACAAUCUCGAUCGACUCGGCCUCGGAAGACGAAAUGACGGUCGACGAGCUCAAUGCGCUUCCCACGCCCGAAUCCACCAGCGACAAACCCGCGCGAAAAACGCGUGGUACUGCUGCGCAAACGAAGAAGACGGCUGCUGCGACCAAGGCGACUGCUAAGGGCAAGCCGGCGACGCGUCGGACGAGCGGUACAACCGCGGUGGCUAUGAAGAAGAGCGCGGCGGCUGGCGCAAAGAAGGUAGCGGCGAAGGGCGGUCGCAAGGCACAGGCGGAAGUCGAGGAGGCCAAUGCGAGCGACACGGAGGAGGUAGAAGACUUUGAAGAGCCGGAGCCGGUUGCGCAGGCCAAACCAGCUAAGAGAGGCAGGCCAGCGAAGAAGGCGCAGGAAGAAGAGGUCGAAGAGCCAGCACCAGCGCCAGCAAAGAGAGGGCGCAAGGCAGCUGCGAAAGAACCCGCUGAGAAGAAGGAGACAAAAGCGAAGCCUGCGACAAAGUCAAGAGGAACGAAACGCGCGACCGAGCCAGAAACCGAGCCUGAGCCGAUGACAAUCCCCGAGACACAACAAGAGCCAGAUGUAGACACAAUGGACAUCGAAGACUCGAUUGAAAUGGGAGAGGAGAUACCUGAAAGCAUGCCUCCACCACAAUCACAACCCUCCGCACGGCGAGCGCAAGCUCAACCGAACAGCAGAGCGCGCCGAACAUCAGCCUCACGGAAAAGAACAGGAAGCGUAUCAGACUCUGAACGCGAUCCAGUGAUGCGACGGAAAGUCGGUGACCUCACCCGGAAGCUCGAUGCUAUGACUGCCAAGUACGAAGCGCUCAAGGAGUCUGCGUCAACAGGCAAGGAAUCGAACUUUGAGCAGCUUAAGAAGCGGACAGAGCAGAUUGCCAAAGACCAAGACGCCGUAAUCAAAUCCCUAAAAACGCAACUCACCGACCUCCAAUCCCGUACCUCGACGCUCACAACCCUGAAGAAAGACCUCGCAGCCUCUACAAAGGAAACCAGUCGUCUCGCAGCAGAAAACAAGAAACUCGCCGAUGCCCUCGCGACGGCGCAGAAUGAGAGCAAGACAUUGUCUAGCAAACUCGCGGCUGCCCGUUCCUCCUCACAACAGCCCGAGACAAAGAACGUACCUGGCAGCGCGGUGAAGCAAAGGACAACAGGAGUGGUGUUACCGGGUACAGCGGAAGCAGCCAAGGAAGCGACGCUCGCGAAGCAAAAAGUGGAUUUGUAUAGCGAUUUGACGAAUUUGGUUGUCCUGGGUGUGAAGAGGAGUGAGGAUGAGGAGGAUGUGUUUGAUUGUUUGCAGACGGGGAGGAAUGGGACUCUACAUUUCCACCUCACAGUCGCGACAUCGGGCUCCUCCUACGAAGAAACAGAGUUCAUCUACCAGCCGCUGCUUAAUGAGCAAAGAGACAGGGAACUAUUGGACUUGUUGCCGGAUUAUCUCACCGAGGAGAUUUGUUUCCCCAGGGCGCAGGCGGCGAAGUUUUAUUGCAAAGUUGUUGAUAGUAUGAGUAAGAAGAUUGUGCUUGAAGAGGAUGGGGAGUAA